AUGAGACACCGAAUUGAGAAUUUCGAUAACAGUUUGUCACAAACACAGACCACUAAUAGCGAUGGGUUUCCCAGCGAUUGGGAUCUGCAGUUCAUUUUGUUUACACGUAUCAAUCGAGACAAUCCCUCACUAACUAUACUGCCAUACAAUCCAACCGAUGAUAGCAUUAAGAUCACUGCAUUUGAUCCCAAAAAGCCUACCAAAUUUCUAGUCCACGGAUGGCUUAACAGCUACAAUAAAACGGACCAAAUGGGAGUGUAUUGGAUGAAAAAUGUGACUGAUUUUAUACUCAGCCAAACGGAUGGUAACGUGUUUUGUGUCGACUGGUCUAAAGUGGCCGGUGAUGUGCUGUAUUUCCCAGUGGUUCCCAAGACUCAAGUGGUCGGACAAAUGAUCGGCUAUUUUAUCAAUCGAUUAAUCGCUGCCACCGGUGUCUCAUUGAAUGACAUCCAUCUGAUUGGGCACAGUUUGGGCGCUCAUGUAGUGGGCUUUGCGGGUCAAUCACUACUUCCCAAUAAAGUGGCGCAGAUAUCAGGUCUGGACCCGGCGGGACCCGGUUAUGGCGAUGGGUCGCCACGACUCAGCAAAAACGACGCCCAACUCGUGGUCUGCACUCACACCUCGUCGGGCAUUGUCUACGAAGGAGACAUAAGUAUUACCGGAUUUCUGGGAAAUAAGGCUUCUUUAGGACACUAUGACUUCCGAGUGAACGGAGGUAAUUAUCAGCCUCAUUGUAACUUGCUCAGACAAGUGAAAACAGAUACAAUGUUAUUGAGUGCGCUAAAUAUCGAAAGUGAUCCUGAUCUUAUAGACGAUAUCUUGAAUCUAAUUGUGUGCUCCCAUAUAAUGGCUUACGUAUAUCCCGUUAUUGCGCCUCAAAAUGACUGUCAAUUCAUAGCUUACCGGUGCCCGACAUUACCCGACUAUGAAAAUGGAGAGUGCGCUGAAUUGGCACAACCCAUGCAAUUUGAUUUCGCAUAUUAUGAUAAUCCGGAUAAUAAACUAAACCAAACUUCAACACCAAAUGAGAUGUUCAUAGAAACGAGCGGUUCAUAUGAUUACUGUCAAUAUCAUUAUCAGAUUCUUAUGGAAGUGAGCCAAACACCACUUGUGGGUGAAAUUAUUGAGAUUACAAUUUAUGGCACCGAAACUAAAGUUACUUUCCAGACAACCUUGACUUUACUGAGCCCUGAGGGUCAGUAUAGUUACCUGUAUGUGUCCGACCGGCCAUUGGGAUCAGUUACGUCGGCCGAGACUCGGGCUAUUGGUUUGGGCGCCGCAAAGAUCAGUGUUAUUCACGUUAAUUAUAUGAGCGCUUUGGAUGUCAAUGUUCGCCAACAAAAGUCAUCCAAACUGUGCUAUAAAAGCAAAUCCAAUAAUUGUAAUGGUUUCCAAAUUGACAAUUUCAGUAAAAAUUUGGUACAAACGCAAAUUACUAAUAGCGAUGGGUUUCCCAGCGAUUGGGAUCUGCAGUUCAUUUUGUCUACUCGUCUCAAUCACGACAAUCCUUUACUAACUAUACUGCCAUACAAUGCGACCGAUGAUAGCAUUAAGAUCACUACAUUUGAUCCCAAAAAGCCCACCAAAUUCCUAGUCCACGGCUGGACGAGUGGAUACAAUAUUUCAGAUCUUAUUGGAGAAUAUUGGAUGAAAAAUGUGACUGAUUUCAUACUCAACGAAAUGGAUGCUAAUGUGAUUAGCGUCGACUGGUCUAAAGUGGCCGCUGAUCUCCUGUACUUACCAGUGGUUCCCAAGUCUCAAGUGGUCGGACAAAUGAUCGGCUAUUUUAUCAAUCGAUUAAUCGCUGCCACCGGUGUCUCAUUGAAUGACAUCCAUCUGAUUGGCCACAGUAUGGGCGCACAUGUGGUGGGCUUUGCGGGUCAAUCAUUACUUCCCAAUAAAGUGGCGCAGAUAUCAGGUCUGGACCCGGCGGGACCCGGUUAUGGCGAUGGGUCGCCCCGACUCAGCAAAAACGACGCUCAACUUGUAGUUUGCACUCACACCUCGUCGGGCAUUGUCUACCAAGGAGACAUAAGUAUUACCGGAUUUCUGGGAAAUAAGGCCUCUUUAGGACACUAUGACUUCCGAGUGAACGGAGGUAACUUUCAGCCAGCAUGCAACUUUCUCAAACUAAUUAAAACAGACUUAUUACCGAGUAAUAUAAAAAAUGUUUCAGAUAAUGUUCAAUAUUUAAUAUUCUGUUCCCAUGAGAUGGCCUACAGAUACCCGGUUAUUGUGCCUCAAGAUAGCUGUCAAUUUAUAGCCUAUCGGUGCCCGACAUUACCCGAAUAUGAACAGGGCAAAUGUGCACAACUGCCACAACCCAUGCAAUUUGAUUUUGCAUAUUAUGAUAAUCCGGACAAUAAACUAAACCAAACUUCAACACCAAAUGAGAUGUUCAUAGAAACGAGCGGUUCAUAUGAUUACUGUCAAUAUCAUUAUCAGAUUCUGAUGGAAGUGAGUCAAACACCACUUGUGGGCGAGAUUAUUGAGAUUACACUUUAUGGCACCGAAACGAACGCCACUUUUCAAAUAACUCUCACUUUAUUGAGUCCUGAGGGCAAUUAUAGUCACCUGUAUGUGUCCGACCGGCCAUUGGGAUCAGUUACGUCGGCCAAGACUCGGGCUAUUAGUUUGGGCACCGGAAAGAUCAGUGCUAUUCGUGUUAAUUAUAUGAGCGCUUUGGACGUCAAUGUUCGCCAACAAAAGUCAUCCAAACUGUGCUAUAAAAGCAAAUCCAAUGACAAUGAUAGCAAUAAAUAUCCAACCGAUUGGGAUCUGCAGUUCAUUUUGUUCACUCGUCUCAAUCGAGACAAUCCCUCACUAACUAUACUGCCAUACAAUCCAACCGAUGAUAGCAUUAAGAUCACUACAUUUGAUCCCAAUAAAAGGACCAAAUUUCUGGCCCACGGCUGGACGAGUGGAUUCAAUAUAUCGGAUGUCACGGGACGACACUGGAUGAAAAACGCGACUGAUUUCAUACUCAGCCAAAUGGAUGGUAACGUGUUUUGUGUCGACUGGUCUAAAGUGGCCGCUGAUGUGCUGUACUUCCCAGUGGUUCCCAAGACACAAGUGGUCGGACAAAUGAUCGGAUAUUUUAUCAAUCGGUUAAUCGCUGCCACC